GGAUAAAUUUUUUGUUGUUAAUAUCUUAAGAUUAAAUUAUCACAUGUUUAAGAACCUAAACAAUCAAAUAUCCAACAUAUAGGCCUAUGAGUAUGUGAUUAAUUUAAUGGUAAAAAAACAAAAAGGAUACGGGGCAACCUAGCCCAGCCCCAACCCACACCACGCUGUUGAAUUGCGCAACCCUGCACCUGCACCCGUACCGCAGUGACAACAUCGGCGUGCAUAAACUCUAAACCCUACUAUGUCCGAAGACAAGUACGACGUGCUCCUCUAUUACAAGUACGUUGAAAUUCCCAACCUCAACGACCUCCUCACCUUCUACCACUCCAACUGCUCCUCCCUCAGCCUCCUCGGUCGUGUUCGCCUUUCUUCUCACGACGUCAAUGUCACCGUUGGCGGCAACUUAUCCUCUCUCAAGAAUCACAUCGAAGCCCUCAAAGCCUACAGAACCUUGUUUCACCACACUGAUUUCAAGCUCGACACUUGUCAUCAUCCAUUAAACAACAAAGUAGCCUAGGAAUGUGGAUUCACUUCCCUCUCUAUUCGAAUCAUCGACGAACUUGUUACUCUCAGUUCCCAUCCACUGUUAAAGUCACCGGAUAUCUCAAAUGUCGGAAAGCAUCUCUCUGCCCUCGACUUCCAUUCUUCCCUCCACAAUACCAUUGGUCUGGGUGGAAGUCUAGAUGAGAAUGGAGAAACUAUAAUUGAUGCUCUGAUAAUGGAUGGGGUAACUACCAAUCACCAUGCUCUGCAUCUACUGAUUAUUUUGUGCCUUGCUUUAUACUUUUUCAUGCAUUGACAUGAUUUUUGGUCC